AGGUCAUACAAUUAACAAAUCAACCUUACUUUUGCCAUCUUUUUUCUUAUUCACAAAACAAAUACUAAUACAAAAUGAAGAAAUAUUUUAAUUCCCUUCUGAUAUUGCUUUUCGCAAUUUCUUUCAUUGCUUACCCUGUCCAUGUAAUAGGCCAGAAUAGCACAAACCAAACAACAACGUUGCCAAAGGAGCUACGAUUUUUAGUUCCUGUCAGAGAAUUGAACGAGUUUGUGAAAAUCAUAGAUUUGAGCAACGGGCAGAAGAAUUUUAGUGGUUUCUCCAUCGAUGUCUUCAACGCUGCAGCCGAGUUUGCCAUACCUUCUAUUCGUUACAAGUUCUUUACCUUUUCUAAGGAAGAUGGUACCAUGAAUGGCACUUUCGAUGAUAUGCUUCGGGCCGUCAACAAUAAGGAGUACGAUGGUGCGAUUGCGGAGACAACAAUAUUACAUUAUAGGAUGCAAAUGGUGGAUUUUACAAUGCCUUACUUGGACUCGGAGAUAGGCAUGUUGGUUCGAGUGCAGGCCUCUAAACCCCGAGAAAGCGCUCUUCUCACACCAGCCACAAUAGUGAUUUCGACACUAAUCGGUAUACUCGGCAUUGGCGUCUUUCUCGCAGUUGUCUUCUGGAUUAGGAUAUUUUGUCAAUACAACCGUAAGAAGUUACCGCUACGACCUGCAGAGCCAAUAAUGGGAUCAAUAAUGUACACAAGACUAGCUAUUAUACUAGUUCUAAUGGUUUCACUGCUCACGAUAUCUUCUUAUAUGCCACGCCAAACUUCAUCAUUAUCGCUUCCAACCCAACGCCAGGUUAGUGAUAUAAAAACCCUAGAUGACCUUAAAAGAAAGGGAUCGAAGGUAGGUUAUCGACAAGGUGCCUUUGUUAAAAAUUUGUUGGUAAGUAAAGGAGGUCUAUCGGAAUCGCAAUUGGUAGAGUUGGAUUCAGAAGUGGAAAUGCUCGACAAGCUACAAAAAGGAACCGAAGAGGGCGGUGUUGACGCUCUUAUUGCUGGAACUCAUCAUCUUAAGCUUUUCCAAGAGAAUCAUUGCGAUGAUUUUGUUCUAGUCCCCAAUUUCCGUCUCAAAUCCACAGGACUUGGCUUUGCAUUUCCUAAAAAUCAAUCACCUCGUUUAGUUGACAAAUUCUCGGAAGCAAUUGUAAGACUAAUUGACAAUGGUGAGAUCAAAACGAUUCAAGACAGGACGAUUGGUGAUUUGGAUAAUAAAUGUCCGGAAAAGACGACUGAAGCCAUUGGUUCCACGUUUCAAGAACGAGUGUCUCUUUGGCUCCCAAUAGCGAGUGCCAUAUUUGUUGUCGUACUUGUGGUUAUACUGUUAUACUUUUAUCUUACUGUACGGGACUGAGCUUCACACAAUCACACCUAGUACAUUAAUUGUUGUGAUUGCCAAAGUCGAGUAAUUAAUUCGAUUAAGGUUACUAAUAAAAUUACCAAAGUUUUAUUUAUCUAUACUUAA